AUGGCCACCGCCAGAACAGAAAGUGUUGGACCCAUAGUGAUGGGACUGAACAAACAGAAUGGACAGCUUAAAGGACAGCUUAAGCCUUUGGUCCAAUCCACUCCAACUCCAGGAAAGACUUUAGCCGCUCCACAGAAGAGCUCCUGCCCAGAGAAGACCGAAGGCAUAAAGUUUGGAGACGACUGGAAGAAAAACCUGCAACUUCCACCCAAAGACUGCCGCGUCAGAACAUCAGAUGUCACGUCCACGAAGGGGAAUGAAUUUGAAGAUUACUGUCUCAAACGUGAACUCCUGAUGGGUAUUUUCGAGAUGGGCUGGGAGAAACCAUCUCCUAUUCAGGAGGAGAGCAUUCCCAUUGCCUUGUCGGGGCGAGACAUUUUGGCUCGAGCAAAGAACGGAACAGGAAAAAGUGGAGCGUAUCUCAUCCCGAUGCUGGAGCGGAUAGACCUCAAAAAGGACUUCAUUCAGUCACUUGUGAUGGUGCCAACUCGUGAGCUGGCGCUGCAGGUGAGUCAGAUCUGUAUCCAGAUCAGUAAACAUUUGGGCGGAGUCAAAGUCAUGGCCACAACUGGAGGAACCAACCUCAGAGACGACAUCAUGCGACUGGACGAGACCGUGCACGUGGUCAUCGCCACGCCCGGGAGAAUCCUGGAUUUGAUAAAAAAGGGAGUUGCAAAAGUGGAUCGGGUCCAGAUGAUGGUCAUGGAUGAGGCCGAUAAGCUCCUGUCUCAGGACUUCGUGGUCCUCAUCGAGGACAUCAUCAGCUUUCUGCCCAAGAGACGACAGAUCCUGCUCUACUCCGCCACCUUCCCCAUCAGUGUGCAGCGCUUCAUGGCGGCUCACCUGGAGAAACCAUACGAGAUAAACCUGAUGGAGGAGCUGACGCUGAAGGGCAUCACUCAGUACUACGCCUACGUCACGGAGCGCCAGAAAGUGCACUGUCUCAACACGCUCUUCUCCAGGCUUCAGAUAAACCAGUCAAUCAUCUUCUGUAACUCCACUCAGAGAGUCGAGCUUUUAGCAAAGAAGAUCACACAGCUCGGAUACUCGUGCUUCUACAUCCACGCCAAGAUGAUGCAGGAAUACAGAAAUCGUGUUUUCCAUGACUUCAGAAACGGACUGUGCAGAAACCUGGUCUGCACAGAUCUGUUCACUCGAGGUAUCGACAUCCAGGCCGUCAACGUCGUCAUCAACUUUGACUUCCCCAAAAACGCAGAGACGUAUCUGCAUCGAAUCGGAAGAUCCGGUCGGUUCGGACACCUGGGCCUGGCCAUAAACCUGAUCACGUCUGAGGACCGGUUCAACCUGAAGUCCAUCGAGGACCAGCUGGUGACGGACAUCAAGCCCAUCCCCGGAGCCAUCGACAAGAGUCUGUACGUGGCAGAGUUCCACUGCGUGAACGACUGCGACGAGGACGAGCCGGAGGUUAAACGCCCGACGGACAGCACCUAA